AUGCAAAUAAAAGAACUAACAUUUUAUGUAUUUUCUACCUUGGGGGAUAGGAGUAUAAUGUAUUAUACUUUGAUCUUCUUCUGGUUGAAGUAGGCAAAUAAGUUGUAAACUUUAUAGUUAAUAAUAAUGUAUUCUAUUUCGUCAUUCUUUGGGGACUUUGUGAAAAUGAUACUUUAAUAGCCAAGGCCUUUUUACAUUGAUAAUACAAUUUAAUUGGAUUUUUGCUAAUAUGGUUUUGGAGGUCCUAGUGGACAUGCUUGCAGGGCAUUAGUAUUUUAUGUCAUUUUAUUUAACAUGUUGUAAACUCAAGAUAGUCAACAAUCAGAAAACUCUCAUUAAGUUUAAUCAGAAGAAUUAUAUUUAAUGAUUCAACCUGAGUAAAGCUAAUCAAAUGAGAUUAGUUGGAAGAAUCGCAUAAUAAAAUACUCAAUGAAUAGCCAGAGUCUAUUUUGGGGUUCAUUUUUUGAAUUAAGUUAUGCUUGGAUGGAUUAUGGGAUUAUACUUGUUAUUUAUUUUCUAUAGUUGUGGAAUGCAAAAUAAAAUAAUAGAGCUGUUGAUUUAAGCAAUAUAGAAAGAGCCUUUUAAGAGGCAAUAAAUAGUUCUGAUAAUUUAUUUGAUUUUGACUAUCACAGCAUCAUUUAUGAUAUAUUACGGCUGCAUUAAUUCGUAGAUUCUUGUUCAACUCAAGUAGAAUUGGAAGGAAGUGGCUGA